GACGGAGGGAAGUGAACGAGGCAAGGGCAUAAAAAAUGACGUCGAGCACAACCACUGACCUCUGUUGUCCUGUUUUCUUUAAAACCACUCUUUUAAUGUUGAUAUAAAAAUUGCUUACAUAUUCGACCACACUGGGGUACAAAAACAAAUGACUUGGGUGUGGCGUGAGAGUCCUCCUGAGCAGCACACGAAGUGAGCAAGGACAAACAGAAGAAUAAUGAAGUUUCAAAAUCCUAAUAUUUUACUUCUUGUGUUGGCUGGCACCUCGGUUACUGGACUCAUUUUUUUGGGCUACAACACUAACUCAUUUGGAUACAAAGAGAUAAGAAUAUGCAUCAAUCUAACAAAAGAACAUCAGGAAAACUCAAAUUUUCAAUCACCACAAGGGCUUCAAUACAAUCAGCCAGGUGUAGUCGGCCCGGAUGGGAAAGUUAUUGCUGUGACCCCAUGGUUAGCCCCAAUUGUAUGGGAAGGACACUUUGAUUCAUUCCUGAUUGAUUCAAUCGUUAAACCACAAAACAUCACCAUUGCAACUACAGUCUUCGCUCUGGGAAAAUACACACAGUUCCUUAAAGAUUUCCUGGAGUCCGCAGAGCUGAAUUACUUUGUUGGGUUUCGUGUGCGUUAUUAUCUGUUCACCGAUCAUCCAGAACAGGUUCCUGAAGUGAAACUGGGUGAAGACCAUCAUCUUACAGUAAUAAAAGUGGCCAGUUCUAACAGAUGGCAGGAGAUCAGUUUGAGCAGGAUGGAAAGGCUGGAGAAACUAAUCGAAAGUCGAUUGAUCAAUGAAGCCAAUUACGUUUUCAGCCUUGAUGUGGACACAAAGUUCUACGGGCGAUGGGGGGCGGAGUCUUUGGGUCGUCUCAUAGGUGUGAUACAUCCUGGGUACUAUCAAACGCCACGUGAUCAGUUUCCAUAUGAACGCAGGCCAGAGUCUCAAGCGUUCAUUUCCGCUGCCGAGGGGGAUUAUUAUUAUGGAGGAGCUGUCAUCGGUGGCUCAGUGAAAGAUGUAUAUCAGCUUGCUAAAACAUGCCGGGAGCAGCUGGACAUUGAUAAAGGUAACCAAAUCGAGGCGGCGUGGCAGGAAGAGUCUCAUCUGAACAAGUACUUCCUGUAUAACAAACCCAGCAAAGUGCUCUCGCCAGAAUACCUGUGGCAGGACUUCAAACCUCACACAAACGAAGUCAAAAUCAUUCGCUUCUCACAAGUUAUUAAAAACUAUGCCGCAGUUCGUCCAAACCCAUAAUAACUGUUACAUAACUAAAUUAUACAUAUUUAUGCACUUUAAGUGUAAUUGAAAACACCUGCCAGGCAUGCAGGAUUGAUCGACUAACAAUACCUGUGGCCAAAUUUUUUUUUUUUUAGACACAAUCCCCAGAAACAAUCCUAAAACACAUUUCCUGCAAGCUUCCCCAUUGAACUUCCCUUUUGGUAUAUAUAUCAUGCUGCUCUUUCGCCUAUACCUAGAUAUACCAUUAAAAUAUAACACGCAAAUCAAUACUAUUAAUACCACACUAUGAUGUCCUUAAACUAAAGUCAACUUAAUCUAAGAUAAUGAAACCAUAGUGUAUGACAAUCAAGAAUAACACUUUAUUUAGAUAUCAAUGUAAAGCAAUGAUCACACUUGGAGAGCCCAGAUAUAGUUUUUUUCCAUAACCGCUUAGUGCUGCUCAUUGAUCUGCAACGACUAUCAACAAGUGUCAAAAACAUACUACAAAUAUAACAGCUCUGUGGUCAGCCUAUUUAUGUACUGUGAUGGAAAGAAAUUCUAAGCUUAUUUCCAAAACAUAUUAUAUCACUUUUAUAACUAUUUGAACUGAUGCAUUAUUCAUAGACAACCCGCACAGAUACUCCCAAUAAUACACCCAAAUACAACAGAUAAUAAAUGCUUAAACAUGACAGUAAUGAAAUCCAACCACAGUACUUCUGCAAAAAAGAAAGGGAAUGUAAAAAAAAUGUUUACUGCGCACGAAAAACCAACAAUGCUGAAAGAUUUGAAUGAUGUUUUCCCCGACGCUGGGAUUGUGUUUCUGUAUAAAACAAAUUCUGAAUGUUUUGUGAGUUUGUGAGAGAUUUUCUCAUUUUAUUCUCAUUUUCGUUACUGUGGAUUUUGUUUGUGUGUUCUGUUUCUGAUGUAUGUGUUUUGUAACUUUUUUGUUAUUUUAACCAAGCCCUUGGUGUUGAAAUAAAACCAGAAAAACAA